ACAACAGAAGAUGUGUUAUCGAACUAGCAACGGUUGCCUUUACCUCCCCGAGUAUUCUUACCGAACAGUCAAUCUCUGUGAUGGAACUGAUGGUUUUCAAGGGACAGUUAAGCGAUGGCCUCAUCACAGUGGAAAACUUGCCAGAACCGAGACGGGAGGCGUGCGUCAUUGAAUACUCAGAUAAACAAUAGGGGCAACUAUCUAGUGAGGCGAUUAUGUUAUCUUAUCUUGAUGUUGAAUGUGGAAAUAGUGCAGAAAUUCUCAAAUGAUAACGAUUGGCUUUACUGUGAUAAUUUUAAUCGAGAAUUAAGAAAAAUUAGAGAAAUGCAAAUUUAGUGACAACAUGAAACCAUUUAUGAAGUGCCUUGUCGUGACGCUCCGAAAAUCUACACAGAAAAUAAGUAAAAAACUGCCAGAUUUGAGUCAAGUGGACAAUGCUAGUCUGUUGGCGAAAGGCUGCUUUGGAAAGAAUCAACUAUUAUCAAUGAUCUACGUCUCUCAGUGUAUAAAAAAGCUUUUCACAACCAUGAACAUCGACAUUGUGAGAUUUUUAGAACAAAAUUUGGUCAAGAUAAAAUCUACCUUUUCAUUUGGACUAUCAGAGAUAAACCCAAUGCUUCAAGAGAUUCUGUUUCAUGGAUUAACACAUUUUGUAACAUACUGUCUAAGAGAAGGAUCCCAUAUAAUGUUUGUUGAAGUCUGUGAAAGGAUCCUGAGGCUCAUUGGUUCUGUUUCGAAGCAACCACUUAGCGAGGUUCCCUUGUUGCAACAAGUUCUUCUAUUCGAUCCGCCACCUAAAAUUCACAAAGCCAUGGAGGAGUUACUGAAGAAGGAAAAUUCGUUUUUUACAAACCCCAAAUGUUUGACUUCAUUCCUUGUUACAGAGAUAGAGAGAUGUGUGUGUCCGUACCUGAGUGUAGAGCUUGAGCAUUUGACUACCAACUGCCAGGAGUCUAAAGAAAUGCGGUUGAUAGGAACGUUUCAGCAGAGAGACGCAAUAGUCAAUGUUCUGAAAGACACUUUGCCAGGUCAGGCGGGGUCUUCCUCCCACGCUUCCCAAUCACAGUUUGCCAAUAUGAUAUGUCUGCAUGGGCAGCUUACACACGAGAACAUCUUGAAAUUAUUUGCUUACCGUAUCAAUGGCACCCUUCAGUUCUAUAUUACAGAGUAUUACAAGACUUCAUUACAAGAAUACUUGGUCAAUAAAAGCCUCAACAGAAAACUCUAUCACGAGAAGACUUUACUGCAGUACCUACUUCAAGUGGCCUUAGCACUGGAAUACUGUCACCAGGAACAAAUAGUGCAUUGUGAUUUGACAGCUGCAAAUAUGUAUGUCGACAUGGAGGAUAGAGUUAAACUUAGCAAUUUUCAUCUCGCACUGAAAGUGACCAACUCUGAAGAAGCAAGAUUAGAUGUUACAAAGGAAAUAGCAGUACACUGGAGCUCUCCUGAGACUCUCAAGGACGGCAGUGUGUCCAAGAAAUCAGAUGUGUCGAUGUUUGGUUGCUUGAUGUAUGAGGUUCUCUCUCAUGGCGUGAUGCCAUACUCUCGUGAGAAGCUUUCAGUCCAAGAGUAUAUUCAGUUGGCUGUGUAUUACUUGGUGAGUCUUCACAGAGAAUCUUGCUUCAAAGAAGAUUAUUACAAUCUAAUGCUAUCUUGUACACAUUAUUGCCCGAAGCAAAGACCGUGCAUGACAGCAGUGAGGUCUCAGCUUCAACUCUUUCUUGAUAAUUACUCGAGUCGUGACUUUACUAACUAUAACUAUCCAGAUCUUCAGAAAAGUUGUUGUCUGAAAUCAUCAAUCGAAUUAGUUAAAGCAGCUCCACAACUUGAAAAAAACAAAAUUCCAGUUCUGCCUAGAAAGAAGAGCAGUAUAGAUGAAUAUAAAUUGGGCCAGUAUUUGCUGUUUAAGGAAAAACACUACAAUAUAGUCUCUAAGACGUUAAUCAGAAAGUUACAAAAUGGAGCAUUGGAUCGUGUCGUAUCCAAAGUGAAUGUUAUCAGUGUUGGGAAUACUCAGAGGACCGAGUUUGUAAUAGAUGUUUUGAUACCUUCUUCUUGUACUGGGAGCUUGAUGUCACUGAUGGUGAACAGAAAGAUAGAACAGACCACAGAGGUCUGCAUUGCUCUGACUGUUGCAGUAGCAGAAAUGCUUGGAAAAAUCCAUGACUCUGAAUUUGUUUACGGAGAAUUGAAGCUUUCAAAUCUGUUUCUGGACAAAACCAAUGGAAUCACAAAGGUUUACCCAAUUUCGCUAAAACAUUUAGACCUGGCAAACAGUGUGUCUAGCAGAGGGCGAGACAAGAGCAUGGAAAUAGUUGGCAGCAAAGAAAGAGACAUUUUUUAUCUUGGACUGUUUAUGAAAGAACUUUUCUGUCAAAUGAAUUCUGAGCAGACAAUAGAAACAAUAUAUGAAACAUUGCCCGGCGAUAUGAUAACGGGAAUAGAUUUUCCAUGUCCGAGAAAUUGCCCACAGAGAGUUUAUGAUUUAAUAUUACAAUGCCUAAGUGGGAACCCCCGUACAAGACCCGCUUUGCUGGAAAUUCUAAGGCGAGUUCAAACAGUUCUAUCACUAUUUUUUGAAGUUGUUUUUUCUCUACUUUUUAUUAGAAUUGAUUUUUAGUGUUAAGUAAAUCAUAGCAGAAUUUAUAAAGAUACAAAGAGAAAGAAAGAGAGAGAAGGGAGAUAAAGGAGAUGGUGGUACAAUGAGAGAGA